AGGUGAAGGGAUAUAAGACAUUACUUUUGCGUGAUCCCCUUUCAACAUUUCCAGUGGAACUUGUGUCCCAAUAUUAUGAUGACAUAACCACAGAGCCGCGCAUUUUGAACAUCCAUGUGUGUCUACGCCCACCAUGCAUACGGGUCAAGGAAUAAACAACUAUACAUAUAUAGUUGAACGUACUUGCGCAGUCCUCGCUCUACCAAAGUGAAAGAAACUUUCAAAUAUUCCGCCAUUUCAAACGAUGUUGUAGAUUGGACGAAGCACUCUUAGCUUGCACUCGAUGCCGCCAGGUGCCCGCCCGCAACGUACACCUGAAAGCAUACAGAGAAGAAAAAAAUCGGCUGCUUCAUGCCGUUCCUGCACUUUUAAUAUUUUGCUCUGAACGUAUCUGAAUGCACUCAUGGCUUUUAGCGUGCGCUUAGCUCUUGCGCUAGCGCUUGUCUCUGCACUCGAAGCCAACGCAGCCGUAAACAAGGCGAAGCCGAAUAAUGGUGCAAAGCUUUGCAAGGAAGAACCAGACAUCACUGUUGAAAGAAACCUAGCUCUGACGGGCUACCACAGGGAGCUGCAAACCGUCAUUCACACGCGAAAUCGACUGAAAGUAAAGGGUCGGCCCCCUACACUGCUGCUCUUGGAAACGGUACCGUCGGGCGCCUAUGUCGAUUCUCACCAACUGCGGCUUCUCGACGACAGCGAUGCCACAUUUGGACUGCGCGGCAAGGUGGAUGUGGAAGAAAUGGCACAUCAGGCCAGUGGGCACAGCGUCUUCACCUUUUUACCAUUGAACGAGACCUCCGCACUGGCGGCACUGCCUGUCCACAUGCGGUACCACAAGGCACAGAAUUGUCUCACUGAUGGGCCCUUUGCCAAAGUGACUCUGCAUCCACCGUCCAUCUACUUCAGGCACCCAGACCUAGACUUCCCAGACACGUGUGAAGAUCUUCAUCACCUCCCAUGUGAUGCAGCCAACAUGGAGCGUACAUGCUUGUGGAAGCAACUGAAAGUUGCUAAUUUGAACGACCUAUCAGCAGAAGUGCCCGUCGGAUGUCUGGAGGAUGGCUUCUUGGUCUCGACCACUACGCUCGUCACGUACAGCCUUUGUUCCAUAGCCAUUGCAUACUAUGUGUUCAUGCACGGCAAGAAGCCACGUUCUGACUAGCUUCUCCAGCACCAAGUGUUGCAUUUGUCACUGUGAAAGUGACAUUUCGUUUUUCCCUAGUCACAAUUCAGCUGCGGCAACCUUUUUGAAACACUACACUGCUGUGCCUGGUAUUUUCUUUACUAGUAGUCGAAACUUCUUAGACAACCGAAGUGUUUGCAGUGCGCUACAGUAUGUUACACAGUUAACGCUCAUUAACUCAAACUCCGAUAUCUCGAAAUAUCGGUCAAGUCGAAUUUUUUUCUGGCCGUGGUCUCAACCCAUGUGUUUUUUAACUUCUCAUCUCGAAAAGUAUUAUUUUUUUUUUUUUGCACUGGACUCUGGAUAUCUCGACUUGGGAGAACGCCAGGAAAAAGGCAACCAGGGCAGCAUCGCUUGCACUCUAUUUUCUUUUUUUUUGCCCAGCGGCGGCUCGCUAGCCGAGCCAGAUGUAGGCCGUGCUCCCCACUUAUCUUUCCAUCACCGCUCGCUGCUACUUUGCCGAGGCCUCGCGCGGCAGCAGCGAGUCCAUUGUAUUUUUUCCCCUCUCUUAUUUAGGACGCUGUCAGCCACACAUCAGUCACAUCAGUCACAGCGUAUUAAUCAUUACCAGCACUUAUCAGCAGGCGCGAUCAGCCUACAGCAUUUCAGUGAAAUCACUACUUGACAAGGACGCUCACUUCAUGCUCGUGUGACGGUGAGGCAUAAAUGCCGCGUCACUUGUCGGCGCUAUUCUGUAGUUUCGGUUGUCGAAGUUGUCUAGAAUUCGUUACGGUACAUAACGUAGCAGCACCAGCUUUUUUUGGAUGCCUGAAAAUGGUCAUGCUCGAUUGACCGGCUUCAAUUAUUUCAUUAGGAUCAAUCGUCCUGACUCUGUACCAAGCAGGCAGUCUCGGCACCGUGCCAGUAACAACGUUGCCCGUGGACGCAGACAUCUCCGGCGCUGAUGCACGCUAAAGUGACAGAAAAUGUCACUGGCGGUGUUCUGGAAAGGCUCCACAUGGUAUCGCACUUAUCCUGAAAUAUUUUCUAGUUUUUACAGCUUCAAGUUAGUGGGGCCUUACUGUGUUUUCAAGAACAGGUAACAACACUAACAAGAUACAAAAAGAUUCAGAGAGUACUGCUUGUGUCUGUAUGCCAAUACAGUUCAACACUGUUAUAGCGAAGUCUGAUCUGACACUAAAGUAUCGUAUAUAUAUGCGACAUUCGUUAUAAGCAUAUAUUUGCGACUCGCUUAUGUCGGCUAGAAAACUUUUAUUUACUUAUAUCUGUGCUCGUUAUAUUGAGGCUUGGACUCCAUUUCCUACUUGGCAGGCAACACUUUGGAAGCUAUGCUAAUACACAGUGCAGUCAGAAGAGUCUCGCUCUGCGCUUUUUGCGCUGCAGUCUUUAUCUGUGACACUCUCAACGCAAUCGCUACUUAACACUGUAGAUGCAACAUGUUGCAUCUAUAACUCCUGGACUUAACAGGAAGCUUUAUCCCGGGUGCUCCGAUCCAAAUACAUGCAAAAAGGAGAAUUCGCUUUUUUCGGCGACCACUGCACCAAAUUUGGCGAAAUUUGUUGCAUUAAAAAAAAAAAAAGCCUAGAGCCUAGUGACUGUUAGUUUCGAAUUUUUUAUUUCAGUUGUCAAUUUUUAAUUAAAAAUUGCCAAAAGUCUGAAAUUUCCAGAAAACGAAACUAUUAAGUUUACAACUCUCUAACUCUGCAAUAAAAAUAUUACAAUUGUGUGAAUAGCAUCUGAUAGGACAUCUAAAGCAGGCAAAAUUGAUAUGUUACACGUGAAUUUCAAAAAAUUAUGUAACAUGUAUGUACAGCUUUUGCUGAACCCUUGUACACAAUGUAACAAAUUCACGUAAUAUAUAAAUUGACACAUCCAAUUUGUCCGAUUUGAGUGCUCUAAUGUAUGCCGUUUACAGAACCGUGAUAUCUGUUCUUCAUGCAGAGCUAUGAAUUUGUAAACUUCGAGCUUGUAUUUUCUUUCAGACUUGCAAAUUUUUGAAAAUCUUUUUAAGAAAAUUCAGGCCCUAAAUCAAAAUUCCACUGCCAACAGUCACUAGAAUUUAACGUCCUCCAUCAAAUGCAACACAUUUCAUUAAAAUCAGUCCAGGGGUUAUCUCAGAAAAACGUUUUUGCGUUUUACAUCUAUUUGAAUAGGCCGCGUUGGAGUUGUGCAACCUCCAGUAUGCAACAUGCCACGUUCUGACUGCGAGCGUAAGUGUAUGCUGUGGCCACAGAAAUGUCACUCUUAUUUGUCUGUUCGCUGGUAAAUAGGUUCAGGUCUGCAACGCCUCCUGCAUAAUAAUUACAUCGCAUUGUGCAAAGUAAAAGUAUCAGACAAGGUUACGUUGAAUUAGACGACACAUACCCAUAUAUCUCGCACAUGGGACACACUUCUUUUUCGUCAUAUAGCCUGCUGUUUGAAAUCAAGUGCGUACAGGGCUUUGACGACGACGAUGCUUCUCAGCUGUGGCGCGUACCAACGAAGAGCUAUAGGUAAAGAAUAGGGUCAGAGGAGGAAACAUCAGACAAUUAGGCCAAGGGGAGAAAAAAGAACAUGUCAAAACAGGAACACUACAUAACCGGGUUGUCAGAUCAACAAAGUUACAUAGACAGUAUUCAAGAAUGAGGAAUAAGACAUUUCUGUCUAUUACAAAAACACUGGGCUGCUUGUACCUUACGUAUUAUUUUUUUAUGCCCGAUUAUAAUGACACAAUGGUGCCACAUUUCCCUCUAGAGUAAAAUUUUUAGGAAUCUCUAGGCAACAAACCAGACACACAGCACUGGAUUUUCAAAAGAAAUCCCGGGUUGUAGCGCAAACACCACAGCAGUGAGCCACUUGCUUCUCGUUCUUGCUCGAUAUAAUUUAUUUUUUGUUGUUUUUCAUACAAAUAACAUGUUUACAAUGUUACACAUCUUGCAACGUAGUAGCAGAGUCUCCUUUUUUGUCAUUUUUUUAACCAUUUUUGCAACAUGUACGUUCGUACACUCCCAUGUGUGACGCAUGAUGUGUUCCCCCUCCCCCCCACAUUCGAGUGCAGAAAUGGUUAAAAAAAACUGUCGGCGCGACCAAAAAAGGCCACGUCGGCAUUGUGUGCAGAAAGCAACGAGCAAGCGUCGUUUUGUCACCGCUUUUACGACUCCAUUAUAAACAAAAGCUGGCGGCAGCGAAUCGCUCGGUGCACCUGUGCAGACGUGGUUGCAAAUGUUGGAAGGGCAAGCAGGUGGUGAGAGACAAUGGUAAUGGUUAUGUACAGGGCGCUUUGGUGCUCCAGAAAACACAAAUGUAUGUUGUCGGAGAACAAAAAAAAAGAAAAAAACUCCACUCCAGGUCUGGACACUGGCGUUUUGAUUCGGCCACAUUACGGGCAAACACGCCCCAAUACAUUUGCUUCUUCAGAAGUGGUAUUUAAAUGUUGUCGUCUGCUUUGCUGUGAAUGCAGACGCACUUUGGUUGGUGGCAUCAGCCUAAAUUGAAAUGCAAACAGGAAAGAAACCUUAUCAGAAUGGUGUAAUUAUAUGAUCAUGCAAUGGUUAUUGGGACUGUAGCUUUCCUUUCCUAGCUUUGUGCAUGUUUUGGAGCCCAGAUUAAAAGGUCGCUCAAGGAAAUGUUAUCACUCUAGCUCAAUGGGCUGCGAGUAGUAUAUCCAAUUGAAGCAAUCAUGGCAACGGCCUUAUUUUUAAAGUUAAUCUCUAACAGCCCCUUCGCGGCUGACCUGUGUACGUGGCGAUAAGAAAUGUGAUGCAGAUUCCACAUGCAUGCACAUGUGCCGAUCUCGCUGUCAAACCUGGAUGCAUGACCCCCCCCCAGGCAAGCAAUAGUUUUUGAGGGUUCGGGUUCAGUCAUUCCCGCCGAGCGGCAAUGGUGCUGUCUGUGUUUAAGCAUAGAAAAUCUCAUUUUCGCAAUCCUUUCGCGACGCACCUGCUUGUAUUUCAAGCUAAAACUUUGCACAGUGGCUGCUUUGCACCUAAAAUAUCAGAAACUAGGACUUUGUUAUUACGCAGUUCAUUAAGCUGACACUGUCACAAAUGCAGACAAACCUGAAAAAUGGUUGUUUAACGACUUGUUUGCGUUUAAAUUUGUGCUGAUAGUAUGUUGGUUUUAAAAAAGUUUGACUCCAACUUUUUUCUUCACGUAUUUUAUAUAUUGUAACUAGAUGGCACAAGCAGUUAAAAAAAAUGCAAAUGAGCACAGUGCAAGCAGGCAUGAGCUCUAAACAGAAGCUACUGCGCCAUUUUUGUACUGGACGCCACCUCAUGGUACGUCGCCCAAAGUGACUAAGGUAAUUUUGCUGUGCCACCUAUGAAUCAAUCAUUAUAACAAUUUUGUAGGCCACGACCUUUUGAUUUUCUGAAGAAAUAAAGGAAAAGGUCAUUUCCAA